UUCCCCUAGUACUGAAGAGCUGUGCAGAGUUCAUAGAGACUCAUGGAAUUGUGGACGGAAUCUACCGGCUUUCUGGUGUGACAUCCAACAUUCAGAAACUGAGACAAGAGUUUGGCUCAGAUCAAUGCCCAGACCUGACUAGGGAAGUUUACCUACAAGAUAUUCACUGUGUUGGAUCACUCUGCAAGUUAUACUUCAGGGAACUACCCAAUCCUCUUCUCACAUAUGAACUUUACAAGAAAUUCACGGAAGCAAUCUCGUGCUUCCCUGAGAAAGAGCAGUUGGCCCAGAUUCAAAAUGUUAUCCAGGAACUUCCACCGUCACAUUAUAGGACCCUGGAAUACUUAAGCAAGCACCUGGCACUUCUGGCAUCCUUCAGCAGCAUGACCAACAUGCAUACCAGGAACCUGGCUUUAGUGUGGGCACCUAAUCUACUUAGGUCAAAGGAGAUUGAGGCAGUGGGCUGCAAUGGAGAUGCAGCUUUUUUGGAAGUGCGAGUCCAACAGUUGGUGAUAGAGUUUAUAUUGAACCAUGUGGAUGAGAUCUUCAGUGACGACGUUUGUGUCAGGCCAAAGGAGAAUGAAGAGAAUAAACCCGUGAUGAAGAGCCUAACUCUGCCUUCCACCUCUCUGCCAAUGAAGCUGGUGAGCUUGGAAGAAGCUCAGGCCCGAAGCCUCUCAGCCUGUCACCCUGCCCGCAAAGAACGAAGGGAGAACAGUUUGCCAGAAAUUGUGCCAGUCACAGGCUCCUUUUUCCAUACUGUCCUUGACCUACCAGACAGCAAGAGAAAAUUAUCCACGAAGUCCAAGAAAUGGAAGUCCAUUUUUAAUCUGGGCCGGUCAGGUUCAGAAGCUAAGACUAAAUUGAGCCGCAAUGGGAGUGUGUUUGUUCGAGGACAGAAGAUCUCUGAAAAAGCAACCAUUCGACCAGCUAAAAGCAUGGACUCGCUGUGUUCACUUCCAGUAGAAGGAGAUGAUGAAAAAGGUCAUUUCAAGCGCACAAUCAUGGCUGGAGGGUUUUUUGUUCCAGUGAUGAAACCACGAGUGGGAGGACCUAGCAGCUCAUUUGACCUCAGCAAACAGGACACGGAGUGGGAUCUCAAAGGUGCCAUGAAAGGAGCAGAGGGAGGAGUAGAGGACAAUGGAGAGAAUGAUAUUCCACGGCCAACUGAAACGAAACCACUUCCUGAGCAACUGAAGGUAUUCCGGGCCAUUGAAGACCCCGAGAAUGAGCAGACUUCCCCAAAGACAUGCCGUAUGUUCUAUACUUCAAAUGAUGGGAUGUCCAAAUUGGGAUUCCAUGGGACUCUAUUCCCCCUGGAAGCAUCCCCCCGACACCAACAUAAAGCCUUGAACAUCUCAGAGCCCUUUGCUGUCUCAGUGCCCCUUCGAGUAUCUGCAGUCAUCAGUAUCAACAGUACACCUUGUCGCUUGCCUGUUAAAGACAAGGCGAUCUUCUCUGGCCUUCAAGAAUCUUCUUUUCUGGGAAAAGAAAGUGCUAUCUCCUCAGUCCCUGAAGGUGACAGCCAUGACCAAUUAGAGCAUAUCACAGUCAAGGAAGAAAAGAAGGCUGAGUCCAAAUCCAUAACAGAUUCUACUAUUGAGGAAAUAGCCAUUGUUAAGAAGCUGGAAUCUGUAAGUAUCCCUCAACCAACAAUCAACACUCAGGAGACAAAGAGUGGUGGCAACAACACUAGCCAACCUUUAAAAGAUAAGCUCCCCCUGGAACAGAACCCCCUACUUAUGAUCCCUGCAAGCCAGCAGCAGACAGAUAAAGCAAGUCAAGACCAGCUUGGGAUUAAGAACAUGCCAGAACAAAUUUGCUGGCCACAGAAGGUGUCAGUAGAUAAAGUAGAAGAUAAUUCACACCUAAAGGAGUUGAUUCUUGAUAAUCAUUCCAAUACUGUGAUGAAACCACUGUGGCCAGAAAUUCAACAAGAGCUGAAAAUUGUUGAGUCUGAAGAGGAGUUUUCAUUUGUUGGAAGUGCUCUGAAGACAGACCAGCAACAACAGGAGUUUAAAUCUAGCCUUACGUCUAUUGCGUCUUCAGAAACAAAGGGUUUAGCAUGUAAUUCUCUUCUGCUACCAACCCCCACCAAAGAGGAAAGCCUGAUCGGAGGUCCAUUGGCUACAGCUGACGUUCUCUCCAAAGAAUCAAAAGAUGUACAAGUUUGCAACUCUGAGCCAUUCAGAAAGCAGAGUAGUGUUUCCUUCACCUCACUGAAGCUGCAAAAUAUUCCAUGUUCAAAAAAUUUUCUACAAGACGAUGACACCAAAAAUGAUCUCACAUCUCAGCCCCAAAACUGGAAGUUUCCAUCAGAACUACAAGAAAACACAGCUUUAUCAAGAGAGAAUUCAUCAUAUUCCAAAGAAAAUAUUUUAGAACAGCCAGAAUGUGAAAGUAACAGUUGGCUUCUUCAAAAGGAGAAAGAAGUUGAAACAACAACCCAGUUAGAAAAAAGCAGUAACACGGAUUCAGAGAGAGAAGACCUGGCCAAUUCAAAGAUUAUACGUGGAGUUGGAGUUCCAUGGGUCAAAGAGGGCAGAAUGAAUGAUCACAUUCAAAACUCUCUUGAUCAACAGGAGGAAGAUACAUGGAGUGACCAUGUCCAGAGUUUAGAACUGCUAGAACCAUGGGAAGAUCAUCAGUGGGUCACGAGCCCCCUUCAUUCUCCUACUUUGAAAGAAACUCAAGGAAAAGCACUUCAGGAGUUUCAGCCACAGAACCAAGGUAUGGCCCACAGCCAUUCUAAGAAACCAUGUUUCAGUCGCAGUUUUUCUUUAGAUAGUAAAGAUUUUUUGAAGAGGCAUUGGGCUAUAGAAGUACCUUUUAUAAAUGCAGAUGAGGAACAGCUUUGUGGUGACCUACAACCAGGAGUGAAGGAAUAUUCACAAGGACAGUGGAAAGAAAAUCUCAAAGCUGAAGCCUGGCUGAAUCGUUCAGAGAGAACUUCAAAUUCACAUGAAACAAGCAUGAAAUAUCUAAGUCAUGAAGCUGACUUUGAAGCAGCGGAGUUGCCCUCCAGCCAUGAAGGAUUGUAUAGUGUUGCAUCAGUUGAGAAGGAAGUGCUUAAAGAUGAAGAAAGCCAAGAAAACAUGAAAUUAGAUUCUCCUUUGUCACAAUUUAAUACUGGGUGCAGUUUAUUAAAUUCAAGCUGCACAGAAAAGCAUGUAUCUACUGUUCAGCAGAAUGACAGACCUGAAGCUCCUGUCAUGAAAGAACCAUGUUCUGCUAAAGAGUUGCAGAUCAAUAAAGGUGAAGACAUUCCAUGUAAAGGAAAGCCAAGGCCCUCUUCUCUCAAUCUGGAUUCUGUCCUUCCACUUGCCAGCCUUUUUAAUUUUGACGGCCUGUCUUUCCCCACUCCACCCAGGCACUUUCUCUGUGGGCAGAAAGAAGUUAAGUCCAGUGAUUCUGCGCCAUCCCUUCCUGUUGCUUGUCCAAGUGAAAAUAAAGCUGACCUUUGGGGUUCACACUUUGAUCCACAAGACUUAGACUUAGAAUACAUAAUGAUGGCUCAUGCUACCACUGGUCGUCGUAAUUCUGCUCCUGUAAGUGUUUCAGCAGUGAGAACAUCUUUCAUGGUCAAGAUGUGUCAGGCUCGAGCUGUGCCAGUUAUUCCACCAAAGAUUCAAUAUACCCAAGUUCCCCAGCCUUUGCAGGCACAAAACCCCAACUGUAGAAUCUCAUUGGCAUCAGAGAAUAAAGAAACAGAAGUCAAGAAAAGUCAAAUCAAGCCAAUUCAAAAGGCUCAAGGUCAGCUGCAACUUCCAAAGAUUCCACCACUUGAUGGAAUGGGAAAAGAAAAUAACAGUACAGUCGUUAUGGAUUCAGCUGCAGCUAGAAAAGCAGAACCAGCUUUUUCCAAUCAUAACACCACCCAGGAUGCACCAGUUCUUCGGCGAAAGAGAACCUCUGAAGGAGAAACAACUGGAGAUAAUCCACAGUCCUCAAAAAUGGAGAGGCCAUCUGGGGCUUUGAAACCUUCUUACAGAUCUAGACCAGGAAGACCUCAGAGCCUUAUUCUAUUUAGUCCUCCCUUUCCUAUCAUGGACCAUCCCUCUUCCUCUGCAGACUCUAGGGUGUUGUUGUCUCCCAUAAGAAGCCCUACACAGACCCCUUCUCCAAGUCCAAUUUCCAGUGAUUUGUUAGGGGCAGCCUCAGAGGGUGUCACUCUUCGGAACAAGAUGACUAUUCCAAAGAAUGGCCAAAGACUAGAGACGUCUACAAGUUGUUUUUACCAACCACAGAGGAGAUCUGUAAUUCUGGAUGGAAGAAGUGGGCGUCAGAUAGAAUAAUGCCUUUUCAUACCUUUCAUUUCUCUUCCCUGGUGGAUGAGAUAGUGGUAAUAUUGAGAACUAUGAAUAUGAUGGUGUUAUUGUUAAAUGCAUACUACUAAAAAAGUAAUUACUUGCUGGUUUCAACAAUCCUUAAUUUUAUAGUUUGUCACAUUUAAUAGAUGAAAUUAUCCCACAGGUGAAAGCAAAAUUUUGCUGCAAGGAAAGGCAGAGAUAAAACUUGUCUAGAAGUGCAUUCCUUUAUAAGACACUCUCAUGCUUCAGCUUCCCACCAACAGUCACGAAUCAUCUCAGCAACUUAUCCUCAGCUACUGUUCCUUUCCAUGUUCUUGCUUAUUGCCUCCCUAUAAUGUUGAUUUGCCAUUUAGUUGGGAUUUUAGUCCAAGUAUGUAUUAAGACCAGCAGGCCUGCUCCAUGUAUCUAUGUACAGACCUACAAGGAGCAUUGUCAUAAAAAUAAUGUGCAUAUCGGGCAGUCAAAUAAGUGGUUAGAGAGUAAUGUUGAUGUGUUUGAGUGAAACCUAUUUUGAUAAGCUAUUAUUACUAAAAAAAACACCAAUUAUAUCUUACAUUUCUCUAUAAGUUUUGGUGGACUUUAAUAUUGAUUAUAGAAGAUUGUACAAAUAGUCAUACUGUAUAAGAUAUCUGCUUUGUCAGCGAUCGGAAAAACUAGUGAUGUAAUAGCAGGGAUUGAACCAACUCCAAAUCAUUUUCAAACUCCUCUAGAAGCCCUCUUUUGCUAAUCUCUGUGGCAGUGUCACUUUUGGUAGCUGCCAAAUGGAGUGAUAGGGCAGUCAUAAUAAGCUGCAAUCCAUUUAUUGUAAUGUUAUAGUGUACUGAUGUUUAUUGAAGACAUUACAGUAAGAUUUUCUCUCCUCCAGUCCCGGGGUGGCUGCUUUGCAAAUGAGAUUGAAUUUAAGUUUGCAUUAUCAGGUCAGUAAGUGGCAUAAAGUAAAUUUCAAUUAGCAAAUUAAUUCCAGCCCAAAUGUGUGGUUACAAGUCACUAAACCAGAAUUAGAGGCCUGAAGAUCUUUUAAGAGUGACUUAAAUGUGUUACAUUUCAUUUUCUCAUUGAUUCGCAGCAUUAUAGCUUAGAGCCACAUUUUCAUAAAAUACAGUUGAACUAUAGCUAGGACAGAAGAUAUAUAGACAAGUCACAAUGUUGUGAAUGUUGGUAUCCAUAUAAGAUGUUGAAGUAGCAUGUACUGUAAUUUCACUAACAUAUCCUUUGAUACAUGUACUUCUACCUAGAAUUCCAACUUUGACUUUCAGAAUAAGUUGCUUCACACUUAUGAGGAUCUUACUGGAUGUUCCAAAACUCAUGAAGUCUAUUAUGAAUCCUUGUUUUUUGCUUUGCAAUAAAAUAUAUGUAAGACAGUUUGAAAUACUAGAGAAAGAGUACAGGCAGUUCUAAAAUAUUUUGCUUCUGCUCUGUUUAUAACAGAGGAAAGAGUGACAGCCUUUGUUUUGCACAUGGUUAUUAGCAUAAAACCAUAUUCCUGAGUUAAUCAGAGAGAAAUUCAGCUGAAGACAACUGGGAUGCUAUGCAUUUUUAAGAUUCAUUUAGAGAAUAAAUCAGUUUCUCCAUUUGGGGAACUAUGGGACAAGAGGAUCUGCUUUUUGCAUCCUUGGGUUUGGUCAUGGCUCAGUAUGCCACUUGUAAGAGCUGGAAAAGAAGGGAAAGGAAAAGCAAAGGGUGGAUUAUUUUUCCUGUCCUGUAAUGCCUAAGGAAAGAAGGAGGAGCAUUAUGGGCUGUCAUUUUUGGUGAAAGAAAGAAUAGGCUAGUAGAAGAGUGAAACAGAGUCCUGAAUUAGAAGGAAAGUUGUUCGUACAUUAUAUCAUUCCUGGGAUAACAAAGAGAAUUCACUUGUCAUUGAAUGGUAUCUAAAGAGGAAGAAAGAUUUGCAGAAGUCACCUAUGGAAGGGUUUGUUCUUUUGCCUAAGUAAAACCUAGGAUUUGCUUUAAGCAUGGUAUAUUGACUGUUUUUCUAUGAACAAAGGCAUUUUCUAAAACAGUAUUCCAGUAUGUUAGGACUGGUUGCACAUACAGUUUAUAUGUGGAAGGAGCAGAAAGUGAGUAUUUCUCAAAGUGCUGGCUUAAAAAAAGAUUCAGUCCAAAUCUUAUAGCUAGCCUUUCUUUCCUUCAGAUUCUAAAAUAGCUGUACUAAUUAAUGUUGUAAUUAAAAAAAAAAAUCCCUUCUCACCCCUAUAGGUGGUAUGUAUUUUCCUCAAUCGUGGGUCCUCUACCAGAGGCUUGGGAGUUUGAGGGCUCCUCACAGUACCUUAGCUGUUCCUAGCACUGCACU